AUGCUCCCAUAUUUGACCGCUAGAGGCGCCGUGUGUUUUUUGAAAGGUUUGCCCUUGACGUCACUUAGUCACGUGGUCUACACCUAGUUUAGUCGACAGAGACUGUUCAGCCUAGCUAGGUGGCUAUUUGGAAAUUUAUUUUUUCAGCUUCAAACGUGAAGUUGUUUUUAAGAAUUCUGGUCGAGUUCUGUGUUAAGGCCAACACUCAAAAUUUACCGUCGUCCUUUUUUGCUGACUUUGUUCUCUCCAAUCCCGGAGAAAACAGGGUAGAGCCAUGUAUAAUGGCAUAGGCUUGACCACUCCACGAGGCAGUGGAACCAAUGGUUACGUGCAGCGCAACUUGUCGAGCCUGCGGGCCAAACGACCACGGGAUGACCGUGGUGGUGAUCGUGAUGAGAAGGACCAGGAGCGUCUGGAGAGCCAGCUGAACAGGCAGCCCAAUGCUGACAUCCUGGAGCACCAGAGGAAGAGGCAGCUGGAGGUCAAGUGUGCUGAGCUUCAGGACAUGAUGGAGGAGCAAGGGUAUUCUGCAGAAGAGAUCGAGGAAAAGGUGAACAGCUUCCGUAUGAUGCUGCAGGAGAAGCAGGAGCCACCACAGGCCACCACAGAGAGACCAGUGGUGACCGAAACACACGCUCUGGCUGCAGCUAACCAACAGAAGAAUGACCGGCUCCGUGCAGCUUUUGGCAUUGCCACAGAUUAUGUGGAUGGCUCUUCCUUCCACCCAGAGCGUAAGGAGAAAGAGAAGGAGAAGCGAGAACAAGAGCGUUUGGAGAGGGAGAGACAGCAGCAGCAGAAAAAUAUUUUGGUUGAAGAUUCAGAUGAAUCAGAUUCCCCUACGAGGAAACAGAGCCAUAAGAAGAAAAAGAAAAACAAGAACAGAGACAGUUCAGAGAGUCCGUCCUCAUCUCCUCGGAGAGAGAAAAAGAAAUCAAAGAAGAAGAAAAAGAGAAGGAAUGCAUCAGAAGAUGAGGAUGACAAAGACAGUUCGUCAGAUGAGACGUACAAGGUGUCAAAAAGAAAACGGAAAAGAAGUGAGAGCAACAGCCCACCUAAAACCAAGACUCGGCGACACAGGAGCAUCUCCCCAGGCUCCACUCACAACCCAUCCCCUGGCCCGCAGAAGGCAAGGCAGCAGGAUCGAGUGGAAAGAGCUGAUGAAAGCAGAAAAGGGCGGUCACCUGAUAGGAGAGGUCGGGGUCACAAGGAGGACAGUCCACGUCGGCAGGGAGGCAGAGGGAAAUCUCCAAAACCGCACAGAUCCCCUGAACACCAGAGGGCCAACAGGGAGAGGGACGGAGAGCAGAUGAGAGAGAAGGGGAAGGACAAGGUCUCCUCUAAGAGAAGACAUGAUUCCUCAUCCCCCUCUCCAGUACCACAGAAAGAGAAAGGGCGACAUUCGAGGAGCAGGGAGAGGGAAAGAGCCAGAUGCUCCAGAAGUCCGGAAAGGGAAAAGGAAAAUGCUAGGAGCAGGGAGAGGGCAAAGAGUCUGGAGAAGGAGAGAGCCAGGCGCUCCAGGAGUGUGGAGAGGGAGAAGGAAAGGGCAAGGAGCAGGGAGAGGGAGAAGGUUAGGAGCAAGGAAAGAGAAGUGGCUAGGAGCAGGGACAAGGAGAGAGCAAGGAGCCCGGAGAAGGAGAGGGCAAGGAGCUCCAGGAGCUUGGAGGGAGAACAAGACAAAAGAAAGUCAAUUCCUCAGCGGCGCAGACAUGACUCCUCCUCUUCCCCAUCCCCUCCCAAGCAGGAGACCAGGAGGGCCAGGAGCAGAGAUGCAGAGCGAGAAAAAGACAGGACCAAACAGGACAAAAGGUCAAGGCACAGCUCAUCAUCAUCAUCCUCUCCAUCACCAGAAAGAGAGAGGUCUAGGAAGGCACCAAGUGGAGAUAAAGAUCGCAGAGCGGAGAGACAUCCAUCCCCACGCCUCCCAAAUAAUAUUAGAGACAACCGGAAUGAGACAAACAAAGGAAGGGAGAGAGAGUUGUCUCCUCAUGGACAGAGAAAUGACAGAGGGAGGGGACGCCAUUCAUCCCCUGGCUCCCGCUCACCUCUCAGCAAUGGCUGUCAAAAAGAGAGGGAAGGUGAGGGAAGAAGAGAGAGAGAGAGGGAUACAGGGGAAAGGGUCAAGGAGAGAGAAUUGAACAGAGAUAAAGAGAAUAAAAAGUUGGGUGAGUUAGAGAGGGAACGGGAGAGGGGGGAGGUGAGAUCCAGCCGGCAGUCCUCCACUGGCCGCAUCACAGACAAACCCAGUGAGGCGAACAGGAGGACAGACAGAGAGAGAAAUGCUGAACGGGGGAGGAGCGAAAGACCAGAGCCAGAAAAGAGAACGGAGAGGAAGCAGAGCCCCAUGAUAAAGGAACAGCAGGAGAAGGAGAAAGAGGGAAGGGAGAAAGUGGUCAAGAAAGGAAAAGACAGCAGCAGCAGCAGUAGUAGUAGUAAUAGCAGCAGCAGUGAUAGUGACAGUGAUAGCUCCUCCUCAUCCUCGUCCUCAUCCUCCUCAGAAUCUUCAUCCUCCUCGUCUGAAGACGAGAGCAAGGCAAAGAAAACUGGCUCACCCAGGAAACAUAAUCAAAGCCCAACCAAAAUGGCCCCACCUCCUCUCACCUCCCAUCCUGCCAUUAGUGCCACCGUUCAGAGGCAUUUAUCCAACAGUGGAAGAGAGACCUCUGCCCCCGAGAGUGAUGGCCAGAGACGAGCCCUGAAGGACAGAGAGGGAGACAGGCGGACGCCUUCGGGGAGGGAAAGACCACCUCAACGAAACUCUGCGGAAAGGUAUGCCCACCCAGAGAGAGAGAGGGAGCGUCAGAGGGGGCAGGAACGAUACAGCCCUUCACAGGUAGACAGCCCCAGCCCGCCUCCUUCCCCAGCCAGGGGGACAGCCCCUACCAGAGACAGCAGCAGGCACUCUCUAAUAGAUACAGAGCGGGAGCAGGUGAAAGACAGGCAGAAGGAGAAAGGAGGUGAGAGAGAGGGAGCAAGAAGAUCUACCAGACACAGCCCCUCAGACAGGAGGUCACACUCUACAUCCCCAAAAAUCAUCACUCAGCGGCGUCGCUCGCCCUCUCCAGCACCUCGCACUCCACCGAGGCAAUACCAGCAACCCUCAUCCCGCUCAAAGAAAGCCUCUCCCCCAGCACGGCACAGCCGGAGUCGGGAGCAUGACCGGGAAAGAGAGAGGCCAAGGGAGAGAGAAAGAGGAGGAAGGGAGAGGGAUCUGUCGAGAGAAAGAGUGACCCGAAGGAGCAGGUCUAGAAGCCCCAGAAGACGAAGCCCCCUCAACAGGUCCCGUCACUCUCUUUCCCCACAGCGACGACGAAGGAGCAGCCGCUCCUACUCCCGAGAGAGAGGAAGAGAAAGGGAACGAGAAAGAAAACAGAGAGAGAUGGAGAAAGAGAGGCAAAGGGAGCAAGAACGAAGGGAACAUCCACUCCCAAGAGACACUGCCCCACCUCAACGCUCCUCCUCCUCCUCUUCUGGCUCCACCUCCUCCUCUUCUUCCUCACCCUCACCAGCCCCUGAACGCAAAGACCCUGCCACCAAGGAGGUGCAACGGUCAGCAGAGAGGGAGCGGAUGGCAGAGCGAGAAGUCAACAGAGAAAAGAAGAGGCAUUCCCCUCCAUCACCUGUCCCCCUCAAAGGUGACUCCCACCGUGUCCCAGCAUUGGAUGGUAGAGGCCAUCGAAGGGAAGACAGACUCACUGAUCUGCCUCGCAGCCGGUCAUCGGCUGGCCACCUACCAGAGACCAGGGAGCCGUCAAGAGCCAUACCCAGGAACCCGUCACCACAGAUGGCUGCCCAGGACUCCCGCAGUCCACUACCCCGUUCCUCGGACCAAGCCAGGACCGAGGGAGCAAUGAAUGGGAAGGAAGCAAAGACGGACAAGAAGGGCAAGAGGAGCAGUAGCUCCAGCUCUUCUUCUUCCUCAUCUUCUUCUUCUUCCUCCUCCUCUUCUUCCUCCUCUUCCUCCUCCUCCUCAGACAGCUCUGAUUCCGAGCCAGAGCAGGGAAAAGGAAAGACAGCAGCUGCUCAAAGCUCUUCUUCCUCAUCUUCCUCUUCUGACAGUGAAAAGGAAACCAAGAAGAAGAGCCCACUGAGACCUCAAAGGGUACCGGCUGAUUCACUGAGAGAUUCCCGCUCCUUGAGCUACUCACCCCCAAGACACAGGAGAGCCGCAAAUUCCCCACCCAUUCGGAGGAGUGGCAGCCGGCGAUCCCCAAAUCAUUCACCAAGCAGCAGAAAAAGAAAAUGAGCUUAGAGCUCAACUGUCCAUGUAUGUUCCUGUACACAUUCUCCUGGUCUGGACUGGAUACUACUAUGGACUGUUAACCCAGUUCAUCAGAUGAGAAUACACAUCCAUUAAUGCUGAUGGAACUCCUUUUGGUUCUGAUUCACCACAGAUAAGUCGGCAGAAUUUGAUAGAACUUCUUAUGACCUAAAGGUCAGCUUUUUAAAUGAGGCUGGGAUGUACAUUUUAUAUGUGCUGAGAAUGAAAUGGUAAGGAAAGCGGGUCAUUGGCAAGAUGUCAUUAGUACUGACAGAAGCGAAUCGGGUUAUUCCAGAAAUACAGAUGCGCGCGCACACACACGAAUGCACAGCAAGGUUAAAAACUCAACCAAAUGAAAGAAUGUUCACCUGGCUUUCCUCUGUCUUCUGUUCUUGUACUGUCUGUCGCAUUCUUCUAAAUGUAGAUAUUAUAAGUUGUCUGUAUUUUGGUUAAUAUCACUGAAAGGUUAUGACUCAAUGUAAUGUGAGUAGAAACUGCAACUUGUGGUUAAUUCUUUGUUUUAAUGAUAAUAAAAAAGGAAGUUGUACAUUAA